CAUACAUUUUGAGGUUGCAUGGCGAGGUCAUCAGGGUAGCCUGAUGGUUGCACGCUUGCCGUAGAAAGGCUGAGGUGGGCUGAGCUAGGAUUCUAUGCUAGCCGUGCACGGUGCACAUUGCCGUGGUGCUGCCGCAGUGUGCUGUCAGUUGCCUGGAGGCUGAUGAAGAAUUAGCUGCACGACUAGUUCUAGACAUCUCGAACUGAAAGCAGACUUGUUAUGGCGUCAAGUGAUUAUUCUCAGAGUCCGUCCCACGGAUAUGGUGCCUAUGGUGGGCAGUCGGGCAGCGGCGGCGGCGGCGGUGGUGGUGGUGGCUAUGGCCAGCCUCAGGGCCAGAGCUAUGGCCAGCAGCCUGGCUAUGGGGGCUACGGGCAGAGCCCAGAGCAGUCAUCAACCUCCUACAAUCAGGGUGGCUACGGCUCAAGCUACGGGCAGUCUCAAUCAGGUGGCUAUGGUUCUCCUUCCCAGGGCUAUAGCCAGUCCGGUCAGUCGUACGGUAACCAGCCCCCCCAAAGCGGCUACUCCCAGCAGUCCCCCUACGCUGGCUAUGGGCAGCAGCAGGCCGCUCCUCCCCCCUCCGCCUCCAGCUAUGGAAGCAGUCCCCAGUCUGGGUAUGGAUCCCAGAGUGGUGGUUAUGGGGGCAGCGGCGGGCAGAGUGGAGGGUACGGCGGUGGCAGUGGUGGGGGCCAAGGUGGAGGCUAUGGAGGCAGUGGUCCUUCAGCAGGAGGCAGCUACGGCAGCGGCGGGCCCCAGGGAGGAGGAGGAGGAGGAGGCUACAGUGGGGGCAGCGGUGGCCCAGGUGGGGGCUAUGGUGGUGGCAGCAGCGGAGGGCAGGCUGGAAGCUACGGCGGCAGUGGGGGACCCCACCAGUCACCCCCUUACAGCCAACAGCCCAGUUACAGCUCACCCCCACCCCAGAGUUAUGGCCAGCAGAGCCCCUAUGGAGGAGGCUACGGUGGUCCUGACUCACCCAACAGUGACAGUGGGUCAGGAGGAGGAGGAGGAGGAGGAGGCUACAGGGGCUCGGACGGUGGCUUUGGAGGCCGGGGCCGUGGUGGGCCAGGAGGACGAGGCUUUGGAGGCCGCGGAGGAGAAGGGGGAUUUGACCGGGGGGGCCGCGGCGGACCCAGAGGAGGACCAGGAGGAUUAGGCUCGGGCGAUCGAGGAGGAUUCAAUAAGUUUGGUGGCCCGAGACACCAAGGACCCGGUGGGCCCAACUCUACCCCCUCUGAAGAACAAGUGCAAGACCAGGAUAACUCCGACAACAACACCAUCUUUGUUCAGGGUUUGGGUGACAACUACACCGUGGACACGGUGGCGGACUAUUUCAAGCAAAUUGGCAUCAUCAAGGUCAACAAGAAGACAGGCUUGCCCAUGAUAAACCUCUACACAGACCGGGACACAGGGAAGCUGAAAGGGGAGGCCACUGUGUCUUUUGAUGACCCACCCUCCGCUAAGGCAGCUAUCGACUGGUUUGAUGGAAAGGAGUUCGAUGGGAACCGCAUUAAGGUGUCCUUUGCCACCCGCCGGGCGGAGUUCGGACGCGGAGGAGGAGGGGGCAUGAGAGGGGGACGGGCACGCGGAGGGCCCAUGGGCAGGGGUGGCUUUGGAGGUGGCCGAGGUGGAGGAUUCCCAGGUGGCAAUGGCGGAGGAGGAGCAAGUGGGGGCGGCGGCGGCGGUGGUGGUGGUGGUGGUGGUGGUGGUGGACAGCAGAGAGCUGGAGACUGGAAGUGCUCUAACCCGACAUGUGGGAACCUGAACUUCUCCUGGAGAAAUGAGUGCAACCAGUGCAAGGCCCCCAAACCUGAUGGGGCUGGAGGAAUGUCCCCAAUUGGAGGAGGAGGAGAGCGCGGGGGAUUUGGAGGGGACCGCGGUGGCAGGGGAGGCUUUGAUCGCGGGGGCUUCCGUGGCCGUGGAGGAGACCGUGGGGGAUUUAGAGGACGUGGAGGAGACCGUGGAGGAGACCGCGGAGGCUUCGGCCCUGGCAAAAUGGACUCAAGGGGGGACCAUCGUCACGAACGCAGGGACCGACCCUACUAGACCAGCUGCAGUCAGAUCUCCAACCACCUCCGCCACCACUCCCCAACACCAGUCAUCACAUCACUCCUCUUGGGACCAGCAGUGACUUUCCCCCUCCUUUUAUAUGAUGUUUUGAAGUCCACUCUGAAUGUUGAAAGUCCUGUUUGUGGAUAAUCGGGACUUUUAGGAUCACGAAACUCAUACACUACAGCAAAACACCCUUACAUUUCACACUUACACACACAUUGUUCUAUUUAUUUAAUUUAUCUAAGACUAGUGUUACUUUUUACCUGCAUCUCUGUGUUCAGGUGUUUGUGUUAAUGUAAUCUCUCUUUGUGUUGUGUGUGUGUGUUUUGUUUAGUUUAAUAUUUUGACAAAUUAUGUGUUUGAGUUUGAAGAUUUUUUUUCUUUCUUGCAGAUUGUCUACACCUUUGUUAAGGAUAUAAUCACAAGAUAUUUGGUAUUUAUAUAAAAUAUUUCAUCAACAACAACAAC